AUGGCUGAGAAAACACCAACCAUUACUGGUGCAAGCGGAUUGCACCAAAUCCCAUCCCUCCGGGGAACUGAGAAUUACAACACAUGGCGUAUACAGAUGGAAGAUAUACUUACCGAUCUCGAUCUGUAUAGCUAUGUAGACGGCACAAAUGAAAGACCCGAACCUAAGAUAAAAAUCAGGGUUACUGGUUGCAAAGACGAUGAUGGAAACGACUUACCCGAUCUUGAAGUAGGCGAUGAUGAUUCCACACACACGGAAUGGAUCAAAGCCGAUCGUAAAGCACUGUCAAAUAUUAGACUAAGAGUCGAAGGGAACGUACUUACACACAUACAAUCAUGUAAAUACUCCGCCGACGCUUGGAAUCUCUUGGCAGCAACAUUUCAAGUUAAGGGUACUGUUGGACUAAUCGACUUACGAAGAAAGUUCUUCAGCCACAGGAUGUUGGACAGCAAAGACAUUGAGGAACACAUACAACGUAUGCGUGGAUGGUUCCAACAAAUCAAUGACAUCGCACCAAACUCGUGCACUGAAGCCGAUUGGAUAACCACGUUAGUAGCAAGCCUACCUGACUCAUGGGACACGUUCACCCAGUCUGUAAGCUUCGAAUUCAACACUGAAGACAAGAAUAAAUUAGCCAAUCAAGUGAGUGACCUACGCUCACGUAUUAUGGCCGAAGCACACCGAAGAAAUACCCGACAACCUGACGGUAAGACUUUCUUCGCUACAAAUAAACCGAGCUUCAAUAAAUUCGUACGUACCAAUAUGAGUAAUAAAGGCCCAGAUAAGUCUAAAUCGAAAUGCAAUAACUGCGGAAAGAUCGGACACUGGGCAGCCGAAUGCCGAGGUCCAGGUGGAGGCGCAUUCAAGCCCAACCAUUCAAAUAAAGGCGGUCAACCAAACAGAAGAUUCAACACACCAGGAAAAGCUAGGAAUGGCAAUGCCCGCACGCAUAUAGCCAUAGCUAAUAACUCCAAACAUAAAGAAUAUGCGUUCUCGACCCUCGAGGACGAAAUAAGCCUGAUAGGCAAGACCCCCGACACCUGGAUAGCGGAUAGCGGCACUACUACUCACAUAGCAAUUGAUCGGAAUGCAUUCUCCAAUUAUACCAAGUCAUCCGGCUACGUCGCCGGAGUCACUGGCAAAGAGCCAAUAAUGGGCCGCGGCACUGUAGAGCUAUUGUGCUUAAAUAAUACAGAGAAGAACGAAUACACAAAGAUUAGGCUCACCAAUGUAGCUCACGUGCCGAGUUUGCCUGCGAACCUAAUCAGCUUAUCAUUAGUAACUGAUAAAGGCACUAGAAUUCUGAUGGAUCAGAAUGAAUUGCAAAUACUAGAUAAAAACAAUAGACCAAUCAUUAUUGGAUCAAAGUUGAAAAAUCGCAAACAAGGAAACCUUUGGAAGAUCAGCGUGAAACCCGUAAACAAUCGCAAUCAGAAGCUCGAGAACAAUAAACUUACUGAAAUAGUACUGACCAAACAAACCGGACGCACAUGGUUUGAAUGGCACAAGGUACUUGGGCACAUCGGCCCGCAAGCACUCCAACGACUAAAAUCCAACGAAGCAAUCAACGGAAUGGAGAUAAUAGAAGACAACAUUGGACUCAACUUUGAAUGCGACGUAUGUAUGCAGUCAAAAGCACACACCCGACCGUUUCCAAAAGAAUCGCAAACCAAAGUGUCUGAAAUCGGCGAAUUAAUCGUUACCGAUGUAUGGGGACCCGCUCGAACUACAUCUAUAGGACGAUACAGAUAUUAUGUAUCGUUUACUGACGUCGCAACUAGAUUCACUUGCUUAGGAUUUCUCAAACAUAAGGAUGAAACUCUGAACGAGUAUAAAGCAUUCGAAGCAAUGAUAAAUACACAGAAAGAUAAAAAGAUAAAGCGAGUACGCUUUGACAACGGUCGCGAAUUCGUAAAUAAAGAUUGGAUUGAGCACACUAACCUGAAAGGUACAAUUUUAGAAACCACGGCCCCAUACUCAGCGCAACAAAAUGGUAUCGCUGAAAGGUUAAAUCGCACAUUAGCAGACAAAGCACGUGCGAUGCUACUCGAAUCGGGCGCACCAAAGUUCCUUUGGAACGAAGCAAUUGCGUACGCCUGUUACCUGAAAAAUCGAGUACCGACGCAAGUGCAAGGAAAGUUCUGGAAAACGCCGUUCAAAGCGUUUUGGGGUAAGAGACCCGACGUAAGUGUACUGCAACCAUGGGGAACGAAAUGCUACGUACUGGAUCAGGGGGAGAGCCGCUCUAAGUUAGAAUCAAAGACGUUCACGGCUCUAUUUACCGGCAUAUCGGACGUUCAAGGCAAAAGCUGGCGUUAUUACAAAACGGGAGCGAACCGUAUAUUGCACUCACGCAAUAUAUUGUUCCCAAGAACCCAUACACAGGCCGAUAACAUACACGACAACACGGAUUGGGGGGAAUCGGUCGUUCCACCUGCUGAGGGGGAGAGAAUGACUUGCACCGACAGCACUGCGGAACGACGCGACGAAAAUGCUAGAACAGGGGGAGCAAAUCGAGUCAGUGAACAAAUCAAGUCAGAAACGAAACAUACUAGUGAGCUGAAAGAUAUAAAAAGCAAAGGAAAGAACGAACAGAAAGCAUUGAACUCACCAAGCCAAUCUACUGAGCCUAAACUCACUACUCACGCUGCUGUUCCUAAACCCAGCUCUACUCGUUCUAAGCUUACUAUGCCCCACUCUGGGACUCGUCUUGAUACUGCUGAAUCUGCUCGCAAGAUCAAUGCAAACCCCUCCCUCAAGUCCUCUGGCGUCCAAACCCGUCGCCAAAACCCCAACAAGCCCAAGCUCACCUUGGACACCGACUAUGGAGGUGUCAAGAUCACUGUCAAAGACACCGCCGCCGCUCCCACCGGUUCGUCUAGCCCAAACAUCCCUGGUGCAUUCACUAACUACGUUACAGAACUCGACGAAUACUGCGAUGACUCAGGAAGCGAUUACUCCGACGCAUACAUUCUCGGAACAAGCGCGAAUCAACACGAUUCAGUCACCGACACCACCUCGUUUUGUUCCCACAUCCCCUCGCUUGUCUCCGACACCUCGUCUAUUAUAUCCGCCCCAACUAUCCCGACCGAACUUGCCUCUGAAUUGGCCGCACAGGAGGAACCACGGAUCCCGGCCUUCACCCCGACCGGUGAGUUGGCUGGACGAUUUGGUGAACUCAAACUUACCUCAGAACACUUCCCACCGCCAGCAGAAUCCAUCCUGGAGACCUUCACAAACAACGACCCGCACUGGGUUUUCGCCGCCGACCUUCCGGCGACCAGCGAUAACCCGACCACUGAGGAGGCAUUAUCGGGACCGGACGCGGACAAAUGGAAGGCAGCAAUGGAACAGGAGAUCGCAACCUUGGAGAAACAGGGAACGUACAAUACCUCAACGCUCCCACCAGGCAGGAAGGCGAUGGGAUGCCGAUGGGUACUCACGAUCAAACAAAACGAGGAGGGCCAACCCAUCCAAUACAAGGCGCGACUAGUUGUGCAAGGUUACAGCCAACAGCCGGGUAUUGACUAUGGCCAAACGUUUGCUCCAGUGGUACGUUUAGAUUCUAUCCGUACACUCACAUCACUUGCCAAUCAAAAUGAUUGGGACAUCCGACAGCUUGACGUUACAUCGGCGUACUUACAUGCCGACGUCGAAGAAGAGCUUUACAUGCGUCAAAUACCAUACUUUGACGACGGAUCCAGCAACGUUCUGCGCCUACGCCGAUCACUAUACGGCCUUAAACAAGCCGGACGCAUGUGGAAUCACGCCUGUGUGUACCACCGGAUCAUGGACAUAUCCGGCAAACUCUACGUAUCGAUUGUCGCCGUCCAUGUUGAUGACUCGAUCAUAAUUACAACCCCCAACAACACCAACUUCGUAGUAUCCGAAUUACUUUGUGAAUUUGAGAUGCGCGACCUCGGACCCAUCCGUCAUUUUUUAGGUAUACAUUUCAAACGGUAUAGACAACAAGGCCUUAAAGAUGCAUACCCAGCUGAUACUCCAAUGAGUCCAAAUGUGCAACUUACACAAUAUGAUGGAAUUAAGCCAAAAUUUCCAUACGGCAUAUUUGUCAGUAAGCUGCUAUACGCUGCACUAUGUACACGGCCCGAUAUUGCUUAUGCGGUCACUCAUUUAGCUCAAUACACAACAUGCUAUGGUCCCGCUCACGUGACGGCGAUCAAACAAGUUAUACGUUACCUUAAAGGAACAUCAUUCCUUGGGCUAUCGUAUAAGCGAUCGGAGGCCGAAGUCGGAUUCGGAGAAGUCGGCUACUCUGAUGCCAAUUGGGGAAGUAACUUACUUGACCGUAAGUCUAUUUCCGGCAAUGUAUACUUAUUGGGCGGAGCCGCCGUUUCUUGGUCUGCUAAGAAGCAACCAACGGUCGCAUUAUCGACCAUGGAAGCAGAGUACAUGGCAUUAUCACACGCAUGUACUCAGGCAAUUUGGUUCCGUCAAUUCUUCCAGGAACUAUAUUACCCAGCUGACGCUCCCACACUCAUACUUUCAGACAACCUUGCCGCCCUAACGUUAUCCGUUGAGUCGCAGUUCCACGGUUGUUCGAAGCACAUCGACAUUCGCCAUCACUUCAUGCGCGAUACUAUCGAGAAGCGUAUGAUCUCUACGCUGUAUGUGCCAUCGAACGAGAACCUAGCUGAUGCGCUUACUAAAGCCCUACCAGCACCGCAAUUUAAUUACCUGACGAACGCGAUUAUGGGCAAACAGGUAUUUGAAGGACCCAAAGAGGAAGAAGCGGAUUAG